UUUAUUCAUAUGAUACGUCUUCCCUGCACCGUCCGUGAUGCACAGAGAAUUUCUCUUCCUUCAUUUCACCUUCAUGUCCGAUCCGGUCUCGUUAGGUCUGACCAAUCGCAACUCGGCCACGCGCAAUUCUGGAAUCCCCGGAUCCCCAUGCAACGAGGCGAAGCAUCAACCACAGAAUCCUCUACCCGCUCCAUCCGUUUACUAGCUUGACUGAUUAGCUUUCGUGUGGUCCGCUCACGUAGUCACGAGGACCAGAGGUAGGGACAGCGCUCGCACGCCUUCUCUCUGAACUCCCUUGAUUUGAUUUGCUUCUCCCUGACAAAAUCUUAGUAUCCUGGUCUGGUUUCGUAUCCAAAUUUUCACUUGGCACCAGAAUUGGAUCUCAAAACAAUGGGCUCUGUGGAAUUUGAGACCAAUCGUUGGAUCUGGGAUGGGGCGUGCUAUCCCCAGUUAUUUGGGCUUGGAGGAAUUAUGAUCACCAUUGCCAUUCUCUGGCUAUCGACGGGCUAUUUAGGAGGGAUUGGACUCCCAUACUUCCCAUUCGUUUGGCUGGAUUUAAGGUUCUUUUAUAAGAAGAAGAGUAGGAAGAGACCAGUGAGGGUCUACAUGGACGGAUGCUUCGAUCUCAUGCAUUACGGCCACGCAAAUGCAUUGCGGCAGGCCAAGUCUCUUGGGGAUGAAUUGGUGGUGGGCGUUGUCAGUGAUGAAGAGAUUGUGGCAAACAAGGGCCCUCCUGUGCUGUCCAUGGAAGAGAGGUUAAUUCUUGUCAGUGGGCUCAAGUGGGUGGAUGAGGUCAUUGCAAACGCUCCUUAUGCAAUCACUGAAGAAUUCAUGAACACUCUUUUCAAUAAAUACAAUAUUGACUACAUUAUACAUGGAGAUGAUCCUUGUUUGCUACCUGAUGGAACUGAUGCUUAUGGACCAGCUAAGAAGGCAGGGCGGUAUAAGCAAAUCAAGCGCACAGAAGGUGUCUCAAGCACUGAUAUUGUUGGAAGAAUAUUAUCAUCAUUGAGUGAUAUGGAAGUGAAUAAGAAUCAUAGUAAGGCAUUUCAGUCUGAAACUGGUGGCUCCACUAGAACUCAGCGAUCUCAUUUUCUGCCUACAUCUCGUCGGAUCGUGCAGUUCUCCAAUGCGAAGGGACCUGGACCAGAUGCUUGUGUGGUGUAUAUAGAUGGUGCUUUUGAUCUUUUCCAUGCUGGUCAUGUUGAGAUCCUAAGAUGUGCGAGACAACUUGGAGAUUUUCUACUCGUAGGUGUCUACAGUGACCAAACUGUGAGUGAAAGGAGAGGAUGUCAUCCUAUCAUGCACCUCCAUGAACGUAGCCUUAGUGUACUUGCAUGCCGAUAUGUUGAUGAAGUCAUUAUUGGUGCUCCUUGGGAAGUUACCAGAGAUAUGAUCACUACCUUCAAUAUAUCAUUGGUUGUGCACGGGACGGUAGCUGAGGGCAGUUGUAGUGAUGAGGUUGACCCAUAUGUCACACCCAGGAGCAUGGGAAUUUUCAAGACAAUUGCAAGCCCUAACAAUAUCACUUGGACAUCAGUAGCCAGGAGAAUUGUUGAUAAUCAUGAAGUUUACAAGAAAAGGAACGUGAAAAAGAGUGAAAGUGAGAACAAAUAUUAUGCAGAGAAGAAAUUUGUGCCAGAAGACUGAAAAUGCAUGGCAUUUUUUUUUUGGUAGCUGAUUGCUAUGAAUGAGGAUCACAUAUCAAAGGGGAAAUCAGGGAUUAACCAUGCACAUUUCUGAACUUUUUGGCCAUGGAAGGUAAACAUGCAGACUUGUUCUUCACCAUUCCAAUAUGGUGCAAUUCUACUCUGUACAGAGGAAAUAGAUCUCUCUGCAGUUAGUAAAGCAGAUGAUGCUCAUCCUGAGGUGGUGUUUUCCGACAUGUACAUUAGAGAAAAGGAGCUAGUUGCUCAGUGGCUGUUAGUUGCUGAAUUUCUCAUAUUAUUUGGUUGAUGAAAGGGCUUAUUUUGUUCCCGAUUGGUGUUGUAUCAAUAGGCAAAAGAAGCAUAACGCCUGAAUAUUGUUUGACAUUUGAUUGAAACAAGUCAUACAGGCCCAAAUUAUAAAGCUUAUCUGCAGUCUAAUU